AUGUCUCGGCCCCCAUCAAGGAAAAUAAGAAACAAUGAGGAAAAAUCCUUAUCAAGAAUCGAACGCUUUGGAGAAGGUACUAGCACAAUUGCGACAGCUAGUGCAAACCGGACGCAAUCAUCAGUUUCUUUUGUUCGAAGGAUAAUCCCUCAACAAGAGGUUGAUGUUUACACUGUUAAAACUGAAACAACAACUAAAGUACAACGUAUACGAAAGAAGAAAAAAUCGUGCAAAUUAAGAAUGGCUGGAGAAGCUUCAUUUGGAUCUUUCAUGGCUGGACCUCAAUACCAGCAUUUAGAAACACCUAAACAACAAUUUAGGGGAGUUUCAUGGUUAACUACAGAAAUAGCAAGUUUGUUUCCACGAACACAAAAGGCAGUUGAAACGGCUUUGGGAGAACUAUUGAUCUAUACAUUGUUCGUAAUUGUUAUACUUAUCGUUAUAGUAAACUUGAAUGUGCACGGAAAAUACCAUUAUGGACAAUAUUUAAGACGUAAUCUGAUUGGAAGACCACAAAAUUAUAGACAUGGACUUUCUUCUUCAGAGAAAAUAGAAAGUUUUGACCAAAUUUUUACCCAGAAACAAAUGUUUCGGACUGAUGAAUUCUAA